AUGGCGAUCUGUACUUAUAACGCACGUACGCUUGCAUCGGAAGCGGCCAUCGAAGAUCUGAUAAUGCAAGCCAAGAAGAUCAAGUACGACGUCAUCGGACUGACCGAGACGAGACGACGUCACCCUCUCAACGCCGUAUAUGAGACUGGAGAAGAACUGUUUUUAGGAACAUGCGACAGUAGAGGUGUUGGUGGAGUUGGCGUCUUCGUCAACACGAGUAUGGCAAAGAACAUCGACUCUUUCGAACAACUUACGACCCGAAUCGGACGUCUGCGGAUGAGAAGAUGUGGUCCAACACCAGCUUUGACUAUCUUCGUCGCUUACGCUCCAACAUCAAGCUACGAAGAAGUAGAAGUCGAAGCUUUCUAA